AUGCAGGAGGAAGACCAAAAGAACAAAUCCCACAAAAACAGGGUGGUGGGCCAUAAAGCGCUCAAGAAAGAUGAGCAUCGUAAAAAGCGUGCAGGUCUGGAGCUCGAGCCGAAUCGUGGAAGUAAUAGUAAAGCCUUCCAAGGGCCCAGCACGGGAAGUCGAAAAGCACAAAAGCUCCUACGUAGUGUGGAAAAGCGAGAAAUUGCCCUGCACUUGCCUACUGUGGACAAAACCCUUAGUCAUCUUGUCGGGGAUCCUCCUCUUUUGGUGGCUGUAGUAGGACCACCAGGGGUGGGAAAAACGACGUUAAUCCGCUCUUUGACAAAGUUCUAUUCCAAUCGUAAUUUGCAAAACAUCCAUGGGCCGAUUACGGUUGUUGCCGGCCAAAGCCGCCGUUUGACAUUUAUAGAAUGUCCGAAUCAUUUAGAUGCGAUGUGUGAUGUUGCAAAGAUCGCGGAUCUGGUACUACUGAUGGUAGAUGGAAGCUACGGGUUCGAGAUGGAAACGUUUGAGUUCCUGACGAUCACCCAGGUGCAUGGCUUUCCGAAGAUGUUCGGCGUCGUCUCCCAUCUUGACGAGCUCAAAACGGGCAAGGCGCUCAAAAAGCGGAAGAAGUUCCUCCGGCACCGCUUUUGGCACGAGGUCGCGGCAGGGGCCAAACUGCACUGCCUCGCCCCGAUGGUCCGCGGCCUGUAUCGCCCCACCGACGUGCUGAGCCUGCACCGGCUGAUGAUCUCCGUCGAGCCGAAGCUUCAGUCCUGGCGGAACACCCACAGCUGCGUCCUGAUCGACCGCUUUGAGGACCUGACGGACCCCGAGCUGGGGCCAGGCAGCCCGCGCACCGUCGCCUUCUUCGGCUACGCCCGCGGGCGCCCCCUACGGCCGGGGCAGCUCGUCCACCUCCCGGGCCUCGGCGACUUCGCCCUCGCGGGGCUCUCGCGGCUGGCGGACCCCGUCGCCCUCGCGCCCUCCUCCGCCGGCUCCUCCCGCGGGCGCCACCUCUCGGCGAAGCAGCGCCAGCUCCACGCCCCCUUCGCCGACGUCGGCGGCCUGCGCUACGACCGGAACGGGGUCCACCUCAGCGGGGACGGGGAGGGGGGGGGAGCGGCAAGGGGACGGCCUCGCCCUCCUGCGCCAGCUCCAGCACGCGGCCCCGAUGGAGGACGGCCGCGGCGCGCGGGGCCUCCGGCUCAUCCGCAGGCCCGCCCCCGGCGCCGACACGGCGGACGACGCCCUCCACAGCGACACCGACACGGCGGGCAGUGA